AGGACCAGCUGAUCGAGUCUCAGAGAGUUCACCAUCAGAUGGAGGAGGAGCUUAGUAAAGUCAGACAGGAAGUAAAACUUGGAGCUGAGGAGAGUCGGGCUCUGAGGACUCGGAUCCAGUUGGCCGAGGCGGCUCAGAAGCAAGCGAGAGGGAUGGAGAUGGACUACGAGGAGGUGAUCCACCUGCUGGAGGCCGAGAUCGCCGAGCUGAAGACUAAGAGGGUGGAGCAGCCGCCGUCUACCACUAAGGAGGAAACAGACGAGAUGAAGAAGAGAGUGGCCGUCCUCCAGUGUCAGCUACGGAAGAGUGAAGCGGCCAAAAAGAGCUUCGAGUUGUCAACAGGAAAACUGCUGAGUUUUGUUGAGGUGAGAACACACACAC